CUUAUUUGUUCUUCAUUAGAGUUGUGGCUUCAUUACUGUUUAGUUGCUAACAUUCUAAGAAGAUGAAACUUUUAAUCGUUGUUUUCGCAUUCAUCGCAGCUGUGACUGCUGAUAUCAGUCAUUUGCCUUCAAAUGAGUAUUUGCCACCUGUUCAAAAUGUAGCACCAGUUGAAGCUCAUGUCUCCAACUUGAUCCCAGAUGUUGCUUUUCCUGCUCCAGCUUACGCAACACCUCCAGUUGAAGCUGCUCCAGCUCAUGUUUUGGCCGAUGAUGGCUACCGUUAUAAGACACACCGUCGAGUUGUAUAUCGUCGCAAUCGUCGCGAUGUGAGCCAUUUGCCAUCCAACGAAUACUUGCCACCAGUUCAGAAAGAACCAUUUGCUGUACCAUCAAAUGAAUACUUGCCACCUGCUCAACAGGCGGCUCCAGCUCCAGCAUCAGUGCCAGUAGAAGUCGUUCCAUCUCACGUUUUGUCUGAUGAUGGUUACCGUUAUAAGGUACACCGUCGUGUUGUAUAUCGUCGCAAUCGUCGAGAUGUGAGCCAUUUGCCCGACAACGAAUACUUGCCACCAAUUCAGAAAGCAUCAGUUGCUGUACCAUUAAAUGAAUACUUGCCACCUGCUCAACAGGCGGCUCCAGCUCCAGCACCAGUGGCAGUGGAAGUCGUUCCAUCUCACGUUUUGUCUGAUGAUGGUUACCGUUAUAAGGUACACCGUCGUGUUGUAUAUCGUCGCAAUCGUCGCGAUGUGAGCCAUUUGCCCGACAACGAAUACUUGCCACCAAUUCAGAAAGCAUCAGUUGCUGUACCAUCAAAUGAAUACUUGCCACCUGCUCAACAGACGGCUCCAGCUCCAGCACCAGUGGCAGUGGAAGUCGUUCCAUCUCACGUUUUGUCUGAUGAUGGUUACCGUUAUAAGGUACACCGUCGUGUUGUAUAUCGUCGCAAUCGUCGCGAUGUGAGCCACUUGCCCGACAACGAAUACUUGCCACCAGUUCAGGAAGCACCAGUUGCUGUACCAUCAAAUGAAUACUUGCCACCUGCUCAACAGGCGGCAUCAGCUCCAGCCAUUGUUGAAGCUACCCCAGCUCAUGUUUUGUCUGAUGAUGGUUACCGUUAUAAAACCCAUCGUCGCGUUAUUUACCGUCGCCACUAAUGAUUUUAUUUAAGAAAACAGAAUUAUUCUUUAAGUAAGAGAAUAAGUUAAUGAAACCUAUUUAGUUUAUUAGAUAUGAAUAUGAAUUUGUAUUACUUGUGUAACUAAUUUUAUACAGAAUUACUAAGCAAUAAAAUCAUUCUAGAAUACAAAGUA